AAUUAUUUUCAAUUUACCCGUUUGUUACGCGCACAAUUUUUUAUUUAUUUUGUAUUUAAACAAAAGUCACAGUAUUUCUUCAAAAUUAACUGCAUUCUAUUAAAAUGCAACGUAUAUUGCGUCUUAGGAGCCUAUCUCCGGCAAGGUGGCUGUAUUUAUCAAGGCAACGUUUGCCCCUGGUUCGGAAUGCAGUGCGGCAUUAUCAGAUGGGUGAAUUUUUAAAAGAGGCCAGGGAUCAUUACUCCGGCACAAUGGCAGAAGUUGUUGAGAAGAUUCGCAAGCGAACCGAUGUGGAAAUUGGUUAUCAUGUUGUGCCAAAGUCACGGGAGCAUUUGCUGAAGCACCAGCCGAAGCCGGAGCAGUUGCCGCCUCGCAGCAUGCAGGACUCGUACACGACAGUUAAGCUGCCACUGAGUGCUGAAUUGAUUAGUGAGCGCUAUAUUAAUCACAUGGGCAGAAUUCGAAUCGGUCGCCUAAUGGAGGACAUGGAUAUGUUUGCCGUUUGGCUUUGCCACCGCCAUAUAAAGAUGCCCGAUCUGCCGGCAGGUGUGGGCAUGCCCUACACUUUUGUCACGCUCCUAGUGGACAGAGUGGACUUCUCCAAUAUUGAGUUGAUCCAGGUUAACAAGGAUAUCGAGAUAAGCGGCUUUGUAUCGUUUGCCGGACGCACUUCAAUGGAGAUAACCAUUUAUGUGCGCCAACUGUUGGACGAUCAGUAUCUGAACGUGACCAAAGCCACCUUUUUGAUGGUGGCACGCAAUGCCACCAAUACGGGCCCGGCGCCCGUCAAUCCCAUCAAGCCCGCCAAUGAGAUGGAGCAGCGCUGCUUUGACGAGGCCCUCCAGCGUCAAAAUCACCGCAAAUCCGCAAAUGCGGAAAGUGUGUUCAUCUCACAGCCACUGGAGCACGAGCAGGCGCUGCUGUAUAGCCUGCUGCAGCGUACAACGCCGCCGGAUAGCUUUGAUUUGAACAAACGCAUCUUGCCACAUAAUUGCCAUUGGAUGGCCGAUUGCCAGCGUUCGACGGUGAUGAAUUCGUUUCCCGAGAAUCGGAAUGCCCAGAACACCAUAUUCGGUGGCUAUCUGAUGCGUCAGGCGGUCGAGCUGGCCUUCAUCAUGGCCAGCAUCCAUGUGGGCGGUCGACCAUUGCUGAAAUGCAUAUCGGACAUUAGUUUCAUGCGACCCGUCAAGGUCAACGUGUUCCUGCAGAUGACCGCCUAUGUGGUCUACACGGCCCACGACUAUGUGCAGCUAAUGCUGGUCGCCCAAAAUGUGGAUGCCAAGAGCGGGGAAGUGACGACAACGAACACAUUCUAUCUGACCUACAAGGCCGAGAAUAUUGUGGAUGAGGUGCUGCCGGGUUCGUAUCGUGAGAUGCUCUGGUAUAUACAUGGAAGACGCAAAUUCAUCUCGGCACUCGGUCUGAACUUGGAGUUGCCGGCCGACAAAUCCGAGUUAGAAUCGGCUGCGAAAUAAUAAAGACGACGCUAACGAGUUUUCUUUCACACGCCUCGACACAAGA